AUGUGUCCUACUACACCUGUUAUUCACCACCUAUUGUUUGUAGAUGAUUGUUUCUUAUUUGGUAAGGCCUCAGUAGCUGAAUGCCGCGCUUUCAAGAAGAUACUAACCCUAUAUGUGAAGGCUUUGGGACAGCAUGUAAAUCUACAGAAAUCCAGUGUUGUGUUUAGUUGUAAUGUUCCUCUUCCUACAAAGAAUCAGUUGGAGGGAAUUUUGGGUGUAGAAUGUGGUAAAGAGCAUGGGUUAUAUCUCGGCCUCCCGAUACAUGUUGGACACAACAAGACGGCUAUAUUUGCUUAUUUGAAGGAACGACUCACAAAAAAGCUCAUCAAUUGGAGAACAAAGCUCCUCAGUGUAGGAGUGAAGGGGCUACUUAUAAAGGUAGUUGCCCAGACUUUGCCAAAUUACCUAGGUCACUAUGUGAAGAUCUUCAGCAACUCUGCUGCCAAUUCUUUUGGGGCAGUACUGAUGACAAAUGUAAAAUACAUUGGAGAUCUUGGGAGAGAAUGUGCCUCCCAAAAGCUCAAGGAGGAUGGGCUUUAA